AUGUGGAGAACUGUGAAUUGCAUAGUGAUGACUUUGAAGUGUGAGUAUAUCCUAGCCGACAGCACGCUCGUGUCCGACCGACAACCCCAUUUAAAUGAUUCGUUUUCCCGUAUGCUUGCAGGUAUAACGUUCUAUGCGGCCACCUUCGAGGAGUACACCAAGCUGAAGGUGUUCAAUCACGAGAACAUCCGCUACGGCUGCACCAGGUGCCAGAAGACCUACCUGCAGAAGAAGACGCUCGGCCGCCAUCUGAGAUUCGAUUGCGGCCAGAGCCCAUCGUUCACCUGCCAGAUAUGCCAGAAGAAGUUCAAGCACGGCUACAUCCUGCUGAAGCACAUGCGUCACACGCACGACAUCCAAAUACAGAAGCUGAGGCAGAGACAUCCCAAGCAGGAGAGCGAAAUCAUCACCAUACUGCCCAGCAUCGAUUUAUAAAAGGUCGUGGUUUUUGUUUGUUUGAUUGUUUGUUUGUUUUUCUCAUCUAGUCG